AGCUACAGAAGCGUAUCGCUGGAAGAGGCGAAAAAAACAGCCUCUGUCAUCUCAGUUGGUGAUCUGCACUGGGAAGCCCAUAAUUCUCUAAGUUAUCGCCUGCUUCUUGGGUCAUCCGAUGGAGCUGGCUCACAGUCUUCUGCUCAACGAGGAUGCCCUGGCACAGAUCACUGAGGCCAAGAGGCCUGUCUUCAUCUUUGAAUGGCUCCGCUUUCUGGACAAAGUCCUUGUGGCAGCAAACAAGGUGGAUGUGAAAGAGAAGCAGAAGAAGCUGGUGGAGCAGCUGACUGGACUGAUCAGCAGUGCCCCUGGACCCCCCACCCGCAAGCUGCUGGCCAAGAACCUGGCCACACUCUACAGCAUCGGUGACACCUUCACUGUGUUCCAAACCCUUGACAAGUGCAAUGACAUUAUUAAGAGCAAGGAUGAUACACCUGCAUAUCUUCCGACAAAGCUGGCUGCAGUUGCCUGCGUAGGGGCUUUUUAUGAGAAGAUGGGUCGGAUGCUGGGCAGCUCCUUCCCAGACACAAUCAACAACCUCUUAAAGGCACUGAAGAAUGCAGAGUCACAGGGACGUGGGGAGAUCCUGCUGAGCCUGCAGAAGGUGCUUGGAGGGCUGGGUGGGGCUGCUGCUUCCUGCCACCGGGACAUCUAUAAGAAUGCCCGCUCCUUACUCACAGACCGGUCGAUGGCGGUACGCUGCGCAGCUGCCAAGUGUCUGCUAGAGCUGCAGAACGAGGCCGUGUUCAUGUGGACCACAGAGCUGGAGAACGUGGCCACUCUGUGCUUCAAGGCUCUGGAGGGCUCCAACUACGGGGUCCGUGUGGCCGUGUCCAAGCUGCUGGGCUCUGUGAUGGCCACUGCCCUGAUGCCCAAGCAAGCUGCUGUAAUGCGGCAGAACGUGAAGAGGGCCACCCUGGAGGAGGUGCUGGAGCUCAUGGCCACGGGAUUCCUGCGAGGGGGCUCUGGUUUCCUCAAGAGUGGCGGGGAGAUGCUGAAAGGAGGGGCCUCUGUGAGCAGGGAGGUGCGGGUGGGCGUCACACAGGCCUACGUUGUGUUUGUGACCACGCUGGGCGGCCAGUGGCUGGAGCGCAACUUCGCCGUCUUCCUGUCCCACGUGCUGGAGCUGGCGUCCCACCCGCGAGCUACGCAGACCCACGUGGAGGCGGUGUACUCGCGCCGCUGUGUCUCCUUUGUUCUGCGUGCCUCCCUGGGCGGCCUGCUGGGCGAGAAGGCGCAGAUUGCCGCUGGGCGCGAGAUCUGCCAGGCCAUCGCCAAGCAGAUGAGGGCAGUGGAGGCAGUGGUAAACGACAGCAGCGGGGAGAGUAAGGUAGGAUCUGCAGAUGUUUCGGCGAGCCAGCACGUGAUGGUGUGUGCACUCCAGGAGCUGGGCAGCCUGGUGCAGAGCCUGAGUGCCACUGCCUCACCACUCAUCCAGGAGCCCUCCAUCGGCCUCCUGGAGACUGUGACAUCAGUGCUGCUGCAUCCCAGUAUGGCGGCUCGGUUGGCAGCAGCCUGGUGCCUGCGCUGUGUCGCCGUGGCAUUGCCCUAUCAGCUCACGCCCCUGCUGGAACGCUGUGCGGAGCGCAUUAACAGCCUUAAGUCGUCCCCGGAGGCGGUGAGCGGGUACAGCUUUGCCAUGGCGGCCCUGCUUGGGGGUGUCCACCAGUGCCCUCUGGGAAUCCCUCACUCCAAGGGAAAGAUGGUGGUGAGCAUUGCGGAGGACCUGCUGCGCACAGCGGCCCAGAACAGCCGGCUGUCCCUGCAGCGCACGCAAGCCGGUUGGCUGCUUCUGGGAGCCCUCAUGACCCUGGGCCCAUCGCUGGUGCGGUACCACCUGCCCAAGAUGCUGUUGCUAUGGCGAAACGUGUUCCCGCGAUCGCAGAAGGAGCUGGAGGCGGAGAAGGCCCGGGGUGACUCCUUCACCUGGCAGGUGACUCUGGAAGGUCGGGCAGGAGCACUGUGUGCCAUGCGGAGUUUCGUGGCCCACUGUCCUGAGCUGCUGACCGAGGAUGUGAUCCGCAGGCUCAUGACACCCAUUGAAUGCGCCAUGACGAUGAUGUCGCACGUCCCGUCAAUGAUCAAGGUGCACGGAGCUCACCUAAAGGCCAGUGCUGCCAUGGUGAGGCUAAGACUCUAUGACAUCCUGGCUCUCCUGCCCCCCAAGACAUACGAGGGGAGCUUCAACGCCCUCCUGAGGGAGCUGGUGGCCGAGUUCACGCUGACAGACAACUCAGCCAACACGACCACCUCCUUGCUGCGUUCCCUCUGUCACUACGACGACAGCGUGCUCAUGGGUUCCUGGCUGCAGGAGACGGACCACAAGUCCAUCGAGGAUCAGCUGCAGCCCAACAGCGCCUCAGGAAGCGGGGCCCUGGAACACGACCCCUCCUCCAUCUACCUGCGCAUUCCCGUGGGGGAGGCCAUUCCAGGGCCCCUGCCACUCGGGGUCUCCGUGAUCGAUGCCUCCGUGGCGCUCUUCGGAGUGGUCUUCCCUCACGUCUCCUUCAAGCACAGGCUUCAGAUGCUGGACCAUUUUGCUGAGUGCAUCAAGCAGGCCAAGGGUGUCCGGCAGCAGGCUGUCCAGCUGAACAUCUUCACCGCUGUGCUGAGCGCGCUCAAGGGCCUUGCAGAGAACAAGAGCAGCCUGGGGCCCGAGGAGGUGCGCAAGUCAGCGCUGGCGCUGGUCAUGGGAGCGCUGGACAACCCGAACCCCAUCCUGCGCUGCGCAGCGGGCGAGGCCCUCGGCCGCAUGGCCCAGGUGGUGGGCGAGGCCACCUUCAUCGCCAGGAUGGCUCAGCACAGCUUUGACAAGCUGAAGUCUGCGCGGGAUGUGGUGUCGCGGACGGGUCACUCCCUUGCCCUCGGCUGUCUGCACCGCUACGUGGGCGGCAUCGGCUCUGGCCAGCACUUGAAGACCAGUGUCAGCAUUCUGCUCGCCUUAGCCCAAGAUGGCACCUCUCAUGAGGUUCAGACCUGGGCCCUGCACUCCCUGGCACUCAUCGUUGACUCCAGCGGGCCCAUGUACCGAGGCUAUGUGGAGCCCACGCUGUCACUGGUGCUCACCCUGCUGCUCACCGUGCCACCCUCCCACACUGAGGUGCACCAGUGCCUUGGCCGCUGCCUGGGGGCGCUCAUCACCACCGUGGGCCCAGAGCUUCAAGGCAACAGCGCAACCAUCUCCACCAUCCGCUCGUCGUGCCUGGUGGGCUGCGCUAUCAUGCAGGACCACUCAGACUCCCUGGUGCAGGCUGCCGCUAUCUCCUGCCUGCAGCAGCUGCACAUGUUUGCCCCACGCCAUGUCAACUUGUCCAGCUUAGUGCCCUGCCUCUGUGAGCACCUGUGUAGCUCCCACCUGCUCCUGCGACGUGCUGCCGUGGCCUGUCUCCGGCAGCUGGCCCAGCGCGAGGCUGCUGAGGUGUGCGAGUACGCCACGAGCCUGGCCAGGAAGGCUGGAGACAGCAAGGACGGCACCGCCAUCAACCUCAACAUUACAGAAACUGGCCUGGAGGGUGUUCUCUUCGGCAUGCUGGACCGGGAGACAGACAGGAAGCUGUGCUCCGACAUCCAUGAUACCCUGGGCCACAUGUUGUCGUCACUGGCUGUGGAGAAGCUGUCCCACUGGCUAAAGCUUUGCAAGGAUGUGCUGGCCGCCACCACCGAGGUGGGUGGGGCAAUGGCACCGGAGCUGGGCAAGGAUGAGGAAGACUCUGAGAAGAAGGACGAGAUGGACGACGACAGCAUGUUUACAGCACUGGGGGAUGACGAUAAGUCCAAGCCUUCCGUGGCCCCUCGCUGGGCGACGCGGGUGUUUGCGGCUGACUGCCUGUGCCGUAUCAUCAUGCUGUGCGAGAACGCAGACAAGACUCACUUCGAUCUGGCCAGCGCUCGCUCCGCCAAGGUCAAGAACCCCAAAGGUGACCUGCUUGUGCUGCACCUCUCGGACCUGAUCAGGAUGGCCUUCAUGGCUGCCACUGACCAUAGCCACCAGCUGCGCAUGGCUGGCCUGCAGGCACUCGAGGACAUCAUCAAGAAGUUUGCCUCUGUGCCGGAGCCAGAGUUCCCGGGGCACGUUAUCCUGGAGCAGUACCAAGCCAAUGUCGGGGCAGCCUUGAGACCAGCAUUUUCACCUGACACCCCUUCUGACAUCACAGCCAAGGCCUGCCAGGUGUGCAGCACCUGGAUUGGCAGCGGUGUGGUGAGCGAUCUGAGCGACCUGCGUCGUGUCCACAACCUGCUAGUGUCCUCUUUGGACAAAGUGCAGGCUGGGAAGAGCUCGUCCAGCCAGCUGUACAGCGAGAGCGCCACCACCAUGGAGAAGCUAGCGGUUUUGAAAGCCUGGGCUGAGGUGUAUAUCGUUGCCAUGGAAAUCAAGAAGAAGGCAGACAGUCAGCCGGCCCAGCCGGCCCGUAGCAGCGGUGAGGACGAGGAGGAUGAAGACCUGGACAGGGCGUCCGACGUGCUUCCCCCAGACAGCCUGAUCACGCUGGUGCAGCCGGAGCUGCCGUCGCUCAGCCGGCUGUGGUUGGCGGCGCUACGUGACUAUGCCCUGCUCACGCUGCCAGCGGAGUUUGCCAGCCAACUUCCCCCGGACGGCGGAGCCUUCUACACCCCUGAAACCAUCGACUCGGCGCGUCUGCAUUACCGCAGCUCCUGGGCGCCCAUCCUGCAUGCUGUAACGCUCUGGCUCAGCCACACAGGCUUUGGCAUGAAUGAUGGCACCGAGGAGCCUCCCCGGAACACUCGCAGCCCCAGCCCUGCCCCUAGCCCUGCCCCCAGCCCUGCUCCCAUCGCAGCCAAGGACCCAGAGGAACUGGCAAAGGACCGGCUGCACCUGCUCUUCGGUGUGAGCAUCGAGUUCCUGUGCUUUCCACGUCCAGAGGAGCCUAUUGAGCACGUGAUGUCAUGCCUGCAGGCGCUGUGCACGCUGCUGGACUCUCCGUCUGCCCGCACACACAUCGGGGAGGACCAGUUGCUGGGUGUGGAGCUGCUCAACGUGCUGCAUCGGUUGCUGCUGACCCGUGACCCACCAGCGCUGCAGCUGCAGGUUGCCGCCGUGGUGCAAGAAACAAUCCGUGCCGCCCAGGACCAUCUGCAGCACCUGAGGGCCAGCACGGGUAAAGAAGAGGCCGGUGAGAAGGACACACCCCCAGCCCUGGGGGAGGGAGGAGACACGGGAGAGCUCCUUCCUGGGAAGUCACUGGUGUUUGCAGCCAUGGAGCUGCUCGUGUUUAUCCUGGUGCGUCACCUGCCGCAGCUCAACGCCCGUGUGGCCGACUCACCCAGUCACCCGGCACACAAGCCCCAGCGGCUGCCCGACGACAGCGCCCGUCUGGUGGCCGCAACCGUCGCUGUCCUGGCAGAGCUACCAUCUCUCUGCUCCCCAGCAGGGAGUAUGACGAUCCUACCUACAAUCCUCUUCCUGAUUACGGGGGUCCUGCGGGAGACGGCAAUGAAGACACCGGACAACACGGUGCCGCUCCCAGCGUCGGCCGCCCUGCAGGGCAUCAAGACCAUCAUUAUGUCGCCCUUGUCUCGAGUGGAGAAGACCCACAAGCAGUGGACGGGGCUGGUGCGGAGCAGUCUGGCCUCGGUGCUGGAGUACUCACAGCCGGACGAAUCAAGGCCCAACAUGGAUGAGGUCAGCAUGCUGACAGCCGUUACCCUCUUCCUGCUGUCGGCCAGCGCAGAAGUGGUGGGCGUCACGUCCCUGCAGAAAGGCUGCAUGGACCUCUUCAGGAACGCCCUCAACUCCGGUGACCCAUGGGUGCAGGCCAGGUGCUACCAGCUGCUGCUGUCCGUGUUCCAGCACUCCAGCCGGGCCCUGUCCACGCCCUACAUCCAUGCCUUAGCGCCACCUGUUGUGGAGAAACUGAAAGCUGUUGAGCGCAACCGACCCACCAGCGCCGCAGAGCUGCAGGCCGUAAAGGAGGGCGUCAAAGUGCUCGAGAACCUGGUGGCCAUGGGUCUAGAACAGAACCGAGUGCAGCUGCUGGCCCUGCUGGUGCCCACCCUGGUCUCCUACCUUCUGGAUGAGAACGCCUUCGCCUCUGCACCACCCGCCUCCAAAGGCCUCCACGAGUUUGCCCUGCAGGACCUGAUGCGCAUCGGGCCCCUUUACCCGGCUGCCUUCAAGACCGUGAUCGGGGCGGCACCAGAGCUGAAGAGCCGCCUGGAAACGGCAAUCCGAGCCAAUCAGGCCAGCAGCAAGGCCAAGGCUCUGGCCCGGCCAACCCAGCCCACUGUACAGGCUACGCCCACGAUCAAACUCAAGACCAGUUUCUUCUAGAAUCACUGUUUCACCAUCCUGUCCCUGUGUGUUGGCUGUCUUUUGUGUUGCCCACCUGAAACACUGCCACAGGCAUUGCAUAACCUCACGUUUGAGAGGUAUGUCCUUUUUCCUUUCUGGUUGGCUUAAUCUGCCUGCUCAUCCUGUGGGCUGCUUUGUUGUCAGCAGGUUCUCAGACUGAACAGGUGGAAAAUGGUGUAGAUACGAAACCCUAAGGGGAAUGCGCGAUACUGAAAUUCUGCAUUUCCAUUUGGACAAGGAUUACAAUUAAUUUUGAAGUGCAGUUGAUUGUUGUGAAUUUUGGGGUCAUAAAAGAACUAAUCAAAGCAGGUUUCUUGUAGAAAUGUUAAGGUCUUUCUUUUUUUGCAGAUUAUUGCAUUCCACCCAUGAACCUGUUUGAAAUGCACUUUAUUUUUGUGUAGGCUUUGUGUGGAACAGAAUUCUUUUAUAAAUCUCUAUUUAACAUUAAGCAUUAGUCACAAGCCCAUUUCUAAAUCUGUCUGGGCAAACAGGGCAGUUCAGUUCAGUGGAUCCUCUUUAUUUGAUGAGGUGCUCAUGUGAUAACUCUCCAAAAAUAAUAGAAGAAUAUCUUUGCUGGUGGAUGGUACAAAAAUCAUGAGUGCAGCUCAAAGUAGACACAUGUACUUGAACAUCUGGGUGCCACGGCACCAACAGCAGCACAUCAGCUCCCCAUCUCAUUUUGCAGUUUUCUUUGCAUGGCUGCCUUUCACAUUUUCAGCACAUUCGCUCAUGAUUUUAGUUUAUUUCUUGCUGUAAUGAUUAUGGCUCCUUUCCUUAAACAGCCAAUGGCAGCGAAGACCAAGAGUACCAACAUUUGUGUUAUCCGAUGGAUACAUUUUCUGACCUGGUCUCAGGAGCGAAUGGUCAUCCCAUAAAGAGGACCCAGCAUAGUCUCUUACAAUUUCCUUGACUUUGUCAUGCUAAUCAUGUUCAUCAACACCGGACUGCGUGUGGUAGGAUCUCGCUUAGUUUGGCAUCCAUCCACUCAGUGAGUCCACGGUUUCAUCGCUGCUGGAUUUGGGUAUCACCAGCACAUUAUGGUCACUGUGAGAGUGAAGGAUCCUGGGUAACCUCUGCCAUCGCGCAUUAUCCCAUCGACUUUCCGUACCACGUACAGGAGGUGAAGAGAUCACAAUCUGUGGUCUGAUGUGUGUAUAGAUCCUUGUGGGGAAUUUUUUAGGAAAUGCAUUGAGAUUUUUUUGUAAACCAUUGUCUUUAGCGUCUCUUCUUCUAGUGUAUUUAAGACUCCAUAGAUACUGUAAAUAACACGAACCUAAUGCAAGCAGAACUGUCCAUGUUUUUGCAUCUCAUUAGUGCGUGCGCCCUGAAGGCAUGGCACAGUCCUUUCGUUUAAGCAAUGAGUUGCAGCCAGUCGAGGCAUUAAACGUGCAUUUUCACUUGUGGGUUUGUAAUGAUUUUAUUUAAUGAAGUUUUACUGCCUGUUUUAUUCCAGUGUUCCAGAUUGCUUGUCAAGUAUAGCAUUACACAACAAAAGUACCACAUUUUGCCUUUGUCUGUGCCAUAUGAGCUCUUUUGUUUUGUUGGCUCCGAAUCAGUUGGCUUCUCCCACACGUGUGUAAGAAGUUUAU